AUGGCGGACCAGCACGACGUCGAUCUCGACUCUAUAAUCGACCGCCUCUUGGAGGUGCGGGGCAGCCGCCCAGGCAAGCAGGUUCAGCUGCUCGAGGCCGAGAUUCGUUAUCUCUGCACCAAGGCCCGCGAGAUCUUUAUCUCACAGCCCAUCCUGCUCGAGCUCGAGGCUCCUAUCAAGAUCUGCGGCGAUAUUCAUGGGCAAUAUUAUGACUUGCUCCGCCUGUUUGAGUACGGCGGCUUCCCGCCCGAGGCCAACUACCUCUUCCUUGGCGAUUACGUAGAUCGUGGCAAGCAGUCGCUCGAGACCAUCUGCCUUCUUCUCGCGUACAAGAUCAAGUACCCGGAGAACUUCUUCAUCCUGCGGGGUAACCACGAAUGCGCGUCCAUCAACCGCAUCUACGGCUUUUACGACGAGUGCAAACGUCGCUACAACAUCAAGCUGUGGAAGACGUUCACCGAUUGCUUCAAUUGCUUGCCAAUCGCCGCCAUCAUCGACGAGAAGAUCUUCACGAUGCACGGUGGCCUGAGCCCCGAUCUGAACUCGAUGGAGCAGAUCCGCCGUGUCAUGCGCCCGACCGAUGUAGGUGGAGCAGGUGUUACUCGGAUACUCUUGUCCCGAGUCGCUAACAUCCCCGAUUGCGGUCUCCUCUGCGAUCUCCUGUGGUCCGACCCUGACAAGGACAUCACUGGCUGGUCCGAGAACGACCGCGGUGUUUCCUUCACGUUUGGCCCCGAUGUCGUCUCUCGUUUCCUACAAAAACACGACAUGGAUCUCAUCUGCCGCGCCCAUCAGGUUGUCGAGGAUGGCUACGAGUUCUUCUCGAAGCGCCAGCUCGUCACCUUGUUCAGCGCCCCCAACUAUUGCGGCGAGUUCGACAACGCCGGUGCCAUGAUGAGCGUGGACGAAAGCUUGCUCUGCUCCUUCCAGAUUCUCAAGCCUGCAGAGAAGAAACAAAAGUACGUCCACGGCCUCGGUGGCAGUAGCCGGCCCACCACUCCCCGGAAGUCCAAAUAA